CCACGCCUUGACUAACGAGCGGAGGGUAUAUAAGGCGAGGGAAAUGAGCGCUGAAUUCACACCACUUUUGCAAUCCUUUUGAUUCACAUUUGAUUUGAUUUAACACUCAAUUGACAAACCGUUGAAGAGAUGGCGCGAACCAAACAAACCGCCCGUAAGUCGACCGGAGGUAAAGCCCCGCGAAAACAGUUGGCCACGAAAGCCGCCCGCAAGUCGGCGCCGGCCACCGGAGGCGUGAAGAAACCGCAUCGUUAUAGGCCCGGAACCGUUGCCCUCCGAGAGAUCCGUCGUUACCAGAAGUCGACCGAAUUGUUGAUCCGAAAGCUUCCGUUCCAGCGAUUGGUCCGAGAGAUUGCUCAGGACUUCAAGACUGACCUCCGAUUCCAGUCGUCCGCCGUUAUGGCUCUGCAGGAGGCUUCUGAGGCUUAUUUGGUCGGUCUCUUCGAGGACACGAAUCUGUGCGCCAUUCACGCCAAGAGAGUGACAAUUAUGCCGAAAGACAUCCAAUUGGCCCGUCGUAUCCGAGGAGAGAGAGCUUAAGUGCCACUCAAUGGCCAUUACAACCAAACGGCCCUUUUUAGGGCCAAUACAUACAUGAAUACUGGACUCAAUUCUCAUUUGCCUUUCAUUUCGUUAUUUUUAACUUUAUUUUAUUACUCAAUAAAUGACUAA